AUGCCUUCCAGCCAGCAAGAGAGCGACGCGAUUCUCGUACAGUUUCGUGAACAGCUCGUGCAGGAAGAUUUACUGCACGAAGGCGACACCAUCGGCACCGACGAUGGUACCCUUCUGCGUUUUCUCGUCGCCCGUGACUUUGAUUUGAAGCAGGCGCUCGCGAUGUGGCAGAAUUGUGUACAAUGGCGUAAGGCAGUAGGCGGUGUAGGCAUUGACGAGCUCUACCGGCGCAUGGACCGAUUGGAUUACCCGGAGCGGGACCAUGUUUUGCAGUACUGGCCAAGUAGUUUCCAUAAGACGGAUAAGAAAGGACGCCCGCUGAAUUUUCAAUACUACGGCGGAAUCAACAUGCCGGAGCUCUACAAAGGUAUCUCACCCGAGCGCCUCUGGGAAUACGUUGUGGUGUCAGCGGAAUCUCUGCCCCGCGAGUGUAUUCCUAUUGCGGAACGUGUCUCAGGCACCCCAAACCUCGGUCACCAUUGUAUUGUUGACCUCAAGGAUUUUGGGCUUUCUCAGUUUUGGCAGAUGAAGAAUUUCUGCCGCGACGGGUUCGCGAUGACACAGAAUUACUACCCAGAGCUCAUGUCGAAACUCUCCGUCGUCAAUGCGCCCACGUCGUUCACGUUCAUCUGGUCGCUCGUGAAGCCGUGGCUCUCCCCCGUGACACAGUCCAAGGUCGAGAUUCUCGGCGCGAAUUUCCGUGAGGUGCUCCUGGAGCAGAUACCCGCGGAAAAUCUGCCGGAGCGGCUUGGCGGCACGUGUACGUGCAAAAGCCUUGGCGGAUGCAUGACGAGCAACGCGGGCGCGUGGCUGGAGGGAUGGAAAGAGCGCAGGGCGCUGCUGCAGGGUGAGAAACACCUCAAGGAAGACUCAAGUUUUGCAGAGGGAGAAAUGGACGAUAAGGCUACAUAUACGGUGGAUGUCGCGCCGUUGGCAGCCCCUGAGGCUGGUGGGGGAAUGAUGCUUCCAGCGUGA